GUUUAUUUGGCUCGCUCACACACAGGAACACACUACACACAUACCGGCAUACUGGUGCUUGUACCAGCUGAAAGCAACGGUGCAGACUCAGACCUCCUACCUGCUUUUUUCAGUGCAACUCGCCACUCAUGUACUCGAGAAACUCAGUUUAGGGAUCUUACUGCUUGUACUCAUCAUGACUGUGGGGUUCUCCAGCUGAGUUGCCGGCCGGCUUUUUGUGUAUGAUCACAGCUGGACAGGCGGACGGCGGCUGAACAGACGAGUUGGACGGAGAUCGUGAGGGGGAUCAUAAAGGCUGUCGUGUUGCUAGUAUCUCUGCUGGCUCAUCUACCAGACCUGCAUUUUGGAUAGUGAGCUCCCAUCAGCUGCACUGUGGCUGACCGGUGACCCCAAUCUGCAGCCUAACCCCCUUCUGGGUCACCACUGAGCUCAUAGAGGUGGUCCGGCCAGGCCUGAUGUGGAAUUUGACCCCGACUGACCCUGUCCCACAAGUAUCCUUUCACUGAGCCUGGACUGGGAAAAAGGACGGAUAAAAGAGCAAGAAGGGCAACUGAGAAGAGAGGAGGAAGAAAGGGAGAGAAGUGAGAGCAGCAGCACAGCGACCGUUCCUCCAGCAUGCCGGUGGAAACCCUGCGGCCAUCAGACGGCCGUCUAGCUGGCGUUCCCUUUACCUCAGCCAUGCCCUUCAGGAUACUUAACAAGGGUCCAGAUUACUUCCGUCGUCAGGCUGAGCCAGGGGCCCGUAAACUGAGUGCAGUAGAGCGUCUGGAGGCAGACAAGGCCAAGUACGUUAAGAGCCAGCAGGUGGCUCUCACCCGUCAGGCACCUAUCAAACCACCAAUCAUACGCAAGCCCCUCAUUCCUCCAGGGAUGAUGCUCCAGUGCCAGAUCAGCACUCCUCCAGCCCGCAAAGUUCCCCGCUGCCCAGUGGAUGUGGAGAAUGGAGGAGGGAGAGAGGGAUCAGGGGGGAGAAGAGGACCAGCUCUUAACUUGGAUAUUCUGAAUAAUCUAAUCAAUGAUGUGUGUGAUGGACCACUGCCCUGUUCCCAGUCAUCUUCCUCCACCUCCCCCUCCUCCUCAUCUCCUUCAUCAGGAGCUAAGAGCAUCGGCAGUAGCCUGUCAGCAGAGCAAGAGAGGAGCAACCGACUCCUCAACAACCUCAAACCUUUGAAUCACGGCACCACCAACUCUUCAUCCACCUCCUCCUGCAAGUCCUCUCCGCUCAACAACAACCUCCGGACCCCUGCAGCAGAACUCACCCGACGUCCACCCCCUAUCCCAGCACGAGCGCCGCGCAUUGGAGUUCCAGCACCGUAUAGCUCCCCUAACUCAGUGACUGUGCGCAGGGUGGAUGUUCGCCCUCAGGCGGAGAUAAGGAAGCCCCAGAGGGCCCAGCUGCAGCCCCAGCUCAGGCCCAGACAGACUCCCCAGGGCCAAGUUGCACACCCCCAGGUUCCACCUCCGCCACCUCCUCCACCCGCUCACAACCAAAUCCAAACCCACCCACUGCUCAACACCCCUUCCCAAACCCUCUCCUCCCCUCCAGCCUAUCUGCCACCCAGUCCCAUGCUGGGCCGAGCAGGUAUGAUCCCACCGGCCUCCCCCGCUUUCACCCGUAUAUCAAACGCCAGCUCCAAGGGGUCUGCCCGUAAGCACCCAUCCUUGCACCGCUCAAAAUCAGACCUGAGUGACCGCUACUCCCGCGCAACAGCUGACCUAGAACGAUUCUUUAACUACUGCGGGCUGGACCCGGAGGAAGUGGAGGGGAUGGGUGGAGUGGAGCGCUUCACAAGAGCCAACUCAGACAUUGUGUCCAUCUCCAAGCUCCGCAGUGUCAGCACGCCCAGCUCGGAGUGCGGAGACGAGGCUGACCGGGCAAGGGAGGACGAACGAGACGAGGAUGACGAGGACGGGCCUGCCAGGGCCAAUGAACGGGUCCCCUACGGCAUCUCCGUCAUUGAGAGGAACGCUCGAGUCAUCAAGUGGUUAUACGGGAUUCGUCAGGCGCGAGACACUAACAAUGCUGUCUCUAACGUAUAGACUAACAAGGACUUGAAAGAACUUCAAAGAAAGAACAGGGAAGUAGUACUAUUUGUAUGUGUACACAUGUCUGAAGAAGGGAAGCCCAAAUGUUCAUCUUCUGCUGCCUUACAUCACGUUUAUGGAUAAUCCAGUAGUUGUUUUUUUUCUGUUUCUUGUGAAGACUCACUUUUGUUAUGGAAAUUUUUAUCUGGGCUGCAAGUCAGGACUGCCUCCCUGCGAAACUAGAUGGACAAUACAUUUCCCCUUUCCUUCACUUGAUCUUGUAUAACAAUAUUGGUAUAUGAAAGCAAUAAUAGACUGGUAUAAAUGAUGAGGAUGAAGCCAGAUGAUGUUUGUGAUUGUGGUUCCUCAUGUAAAGGUACUUAAUGUGUGUGUGUGUGAGUGUGUGUAUGUGUGUAUCAGAGCUUGGCAGCACAAAGUCAAACUGGAAAUUGGCAACACACUGCCAGAGAGCUACAGUGUGGUGACUGUUGAGCAAGCCAGGAAGAGAACCACGUUGAUACUGUGAAACGUCACGAAAAAAGCUUCCAUAAACAAAUUUGUAUUUUCAAAAACCUUUUGGCUGUAAGACUGUUAUUAUACACAUUUUUGUCAGCAUGUGAGUGAAACAUUUGUAUACAUUUACUUUAAUCAUCUCAACCAAGCACACAUAUUACUCUCGCACAGGUAAUCACUUCACGGAACAGAUGUACAUUCAGGUCAAUUACAGUAAAUAUGGUAGCAACUGCAGUUAGUGGUGUCUAUAUAUCUGACUGUAACAUUGUCUAGAUGCCUGUUUGCAUCUGUAACAUGGUUUCAUGUCUUGGAUUACACUGCACUGGUGCAGUGAGAGAAAUCUGUUUACUAUGUAUGUCUUGGCGCGGAUGAAAGAGCAAGUCAUAUGAUAAGGGAUGAUCUCAUAUGGAUGACAUUUGACUUCAUAUGGAUGGUUGAAGUAAGUGUAGCAUGAAAAGUUAUUUUGCCUCCAGAGAGAUGGAGAGAAUAUCAAAAGAUGGGUAAAUGAAGACUGAAAAGAGUAUACUCAUGGAUUAAAAAAGAUAUCUAUGGUGUAUAAAUGUCUGUGGUUCUGAAAGUGUCUCAGGAAGAUGUACUAGACAUACUAAUGAAAAUGGACCAAUAUUUAUUUGGAAAAUAUAAUUUAAUGUAUUUUUAAUAUUGGAGGAUUGUGUACAGAAUUCAAUCUUUUUGCUCUUAAGUGCAAUCGGACCACAUCUACUACAACUACAGUAUAUAUAGGAUCACAUUUAAACACAUGCAAAUACAGGCACCAGUCACAAGUGCGAAUGUUGUACAUGGGAAUGCUACGUGUAACGUGCCCUGCUGCUCCGUGGGGAGCACUGCAGAACGUGAGACUGUUGUAUAUUUAUUUGACUUCCUGUUUGUCGCAGUGAGACAGAGAGAGGAGGUCUGUCUCCCCUGUCAGGCUCUCCACCCUCUGCAUCGAGCUCCUCUAGCUUUUCAGGAUGUUCAGUUUUGUGCACCAGCCAGCUUUUCCUCUUCCUACCUGUACGUAUGACAGACAGAUGAAGAGCGGCAAAUGGUGGCGGUCAGAUCAGAGGGCUGGAGAACACGAUAGCAGCGACAGUGAACAAAGUGUGCUGUUGAAUCUGGCACUGGAUGCCCAAAGAAUCCACAAGUGAAGAUCCAAAAUGAUUUACCAUGGUCUAUUCUAAACCGUUAAUAAAAAAUGUUAAAGUA